AAUUAUGGAAGUAGUUAAGAGUGUUCAAAGGUCUCCAAAACCAGCAUUCCCAAGAGCACUGCAGUAUACUAGCUUUCUCAUUAAAAGUCAGAACUGUCCCAGUUAGCAGCAAAAGGCCUGAAGUUAAAUAUGUCACAAAGUUUACCUAGCUCCAAACUGCUAACAGUGGAACCUGAAGCAGGAGCAAACAGCCUGUGUAACAGCUGCCAUAGCCAAGCCCCUGCUGGCAUCACGGGAGGUGGCUGCAGCAGCACCUUCGGGCUCACACAGCGUGCCAUGGUGCACAGCAUCACCUCCCUGUGCUGCCUGAUGCUCCUGCUCUGUGACAGGCUGGCUCUGCUGGGACGUGGCCCACAGGCAGGUGGCUUUACCAGAAUGACUAGAAGUGAUUAAAAAUGCAGUUAUAGCCUCCUGUGGGAUUUCUGCUGUUUCAAGCCAGAGCACUAAACUGCUUGUCCCUGCUUUUACUCUCAGCUAGUGAAACUGGGAGCUUGUCCUGAUCUCCAUGGUCAGGGCUUCAGAAACCCAGCUUAUCUUAACAUGGUGAGCUGUGAGGAGAGCUGGCACCCCCAUACCUGCUGUGAGACAGGGGGGCUGCUUUAUGUCUGGUCAGUACAGCCUCCUGACAGCAGCUGGGCCAUAGCAGUAUAGGGAGACCAGUUUCUAGAUCAGCAAUUUAUUUCUAAGCCUGGUGAGUUGGAAAUAAACAUCACUGUUUUUUGUUAGUUUCUGUGUAGUGUAAUUGCACGAUAUCAAUAUUGAUAAUCAAUAGGAUUACAUCAAUAGGAGCAACUUCAGACUGGAAGGCACUGUGGAGCGGCUGGGUGAUGGACUUGAUGCUGCACCCUGAUGGCUCCAAGAUCACUGGGCACAGUGAGCUCUCCUGGAUGCAGCCUCUGCAACUGCCCAUUGCAUGUAAGUGAGGGGCAGCAGCAGCGCUGGCUUUCCUGAGCAAGCAGGGAGCUUCAGAUUCAAGGCUCGUCUCUGUGUGCCUCGCAUGGAGUCUGAAAUUCCCUGUUAGCUUAGCUAGUGCUCUACUCAUUCAUAGUGAUAAACUCCACUAUUUCCUGGGGAUAGCAGAUAGUUAACUGAGAUUAUGGCAGUGCGUAUAUGCAUUCAUAAAUUGAGCCCUUUCUCCUGUUUAUUCUUGGGACAAUAUUCUUUUUGGAUGAAUGUUAAUGAAAGGAAAAUCCAUCAUCCCAUCUUGUUUGUAUGUGAUGUGGUCUGGUUCUCCUUACUCAGGCACACCUCUGGUCAGUAUGGAGCUGCUGGCACUUGGACCUGUGCGAAGAGUAACAAGUCUCAUCCACUACACAGCAGAGGAGCUGGGUACUGUUUUAUAAUCACCCAGCAAGUAUGUACAGCCCUGAUCUGUGUCUAUAUUUGGCAUCUAAAGUCUCCUGAUGUGGAAAAUACCGCCCAUGGGAAAAAUGUGAAAAAUGGACUAAAGUUCCUGCUCGUGAGGACUUACUUAAAAAACAAACAACAAAACAAAGAAGCAGGCAUGAGCUUUGGGUAGGAUGCUGCUACUAUAAUGUUGUAUGCAGGUCUUUACUCCACUGAAAUAAUGCCAGUAAGUACUCCUGUAUUAGCCUGCUAUUUGUCAGCUCCCUUUCUAUUUUGUAGGUAAUAACAAAUUUUCAGUGCUUCUAUUAUGAGCAUUCCAAAUGUAAAGGAGGAAAUAAAGGAGAUGAAAGUAGUAGACUUCUUUCAAAAAUGAAACUAGUUGCUUGGUUUUCAUAAUUGUAUGUGUUGAACAGAUGAUGGAGAAAAAAGGGUCUUGAUUUACAAUUAAAAAUAGUAGGCAAAAUCCCCCUAAAAAAAAAAAUGAUAAGAAUUCAGAAUUUAAUAGCAAUUUUUUGCAAAAUAAUGUUUUAAUUGUCAUGCAUCUUAAUAAUCUUCAAUUUAUAGUUUAAGCUCCAAUUCAUGUAGGCACCUUGUAGGCUACAGACAUUAAAUGCUUUCCACAGAGAGGUUCCCCACUUGAAGAGAAAAUGUAGACUUGGUACGGAAGUAACACUUUGAGAGUGUAUGGCCAUGUCAGGUGGAAACCUGGUCUCAUCAAAAAAUGCUGUUUCUGUAGCUUUAAAAUGUGUGGCUGUUGUAGUAGAUCAUUAUUUCUAAAGUACAGAUUUAUUUUGCUUUGUUCCCGUGUGUGUGUGUGCAAAUGCUGAUGGGAAGUUGAGUAUAAAGUAUUACUCAAUUUAGCUGUGGUUUUUAAAACAGUAUUUUCUACUGAAAUAACCAAGUAUAUAAAAACUCUUCAUCAUAUGGUUCAUACCUGAAGCUUCAUAAACUUUGAAAUUCAUGUUAAUAGCUAAAGACAAAUUGCUCAAUAAUAAACCAUCGUAACAGUGCUCAUAUAUUGAAAGAGAUAAUUAGACAGUAGGCAUGCCUCUGGUGAGGUGUAAUACGUUGUUCUGGAAAAAUGGCUAGGCAGCUUUUACUGGGCAAGAAUUGUUGAAAAUACUCUUUGGAAAGACUGCAAAUGUUUUCUGUUUGUGUGUCUGUUGUGUAAUCUCGUUCUUUGAUCAAGUCUAAGGGAAACCAUGUCUCAAGGUUAUUGUGUAAAAAGGCCACAAACUGAGAAAUGAGGUAUUAUGUGAAAUCGAGUAUUACAAGCAGCCAGCAGUACUGUUCCUUUUCAUAGAAGUUUGCUUUUUGUUUUUGUUCCUGUGAACAAACUAAUUGUUUGAAUUCUCUGUAGUGAUAUGAUGAAACUUCUACGAAAUAGUUAUCUUCUUACAAUGUAUCUUGUGAUUGCCUUAUCCUAAUUAAGGAAGCAGAGUAGGACUCUUCCUCAGGAGUCCGUUAAUAUCAGUACUGCCAGGGGCACUGGGAGCUGGACGAGCAAAUCACUUUGAGAGCACAGUUUGUCAAUUCAGGAGUUCUCACUCAAGUCAAGAAAUUAGUAGGCGUUUCUAGGCAUGUUGUGUUUUCUUACUAAUGGCUUUUAUUUACGUGGCUGUCUUCUGAAAGGAUAACCUGUGGCAAGCAAGGACAAUAGCUGAAUACAUAAUAUCUCUCAUACACAGCUGUUAGUUUUGUGUAGACUUGAGAACAAGAGCAGAAAAAAUAAUUCAGGAUUUUCCUACUUUUUCAGAUUCCUCUUCAAAAUUGCUAAUACAUCAACAUAGGGAAGUAUUAUUCUUGGUUAGUUUGUUACAUGGUAAUGGCAUUUUAAUACCUAAAAUGACAGCUGAAAUCAGAUUUUGGGUGUGAGAAGAGAGAAUCUUUUCUAAGACUGUUCCGUAUGGCAGUAGGCAAAGAGGAGAAUCCACUUAAAAAGUAAAUGCUUAAAGAAAAGUAGAAUAAUUUCUAAUUGUGCUACUAGUUUGCUUGCCUAGGUGUAAUGGUCACAAAAACCCAAUACCCUAGCAGGUUGGAAACCUAUGAAGAUUACACUGGAAUUACGCUGGAUAACGCUUUUUUCUUCUAUUCAGGAGAAGGGAAUUUCGUUACAUUGUGGUUUUUGUCCCAGAGUUGUUGUUUCUGGUUUUAGACAGGACGGGAGCAAUGUGAAAAGCCUUCAUCUUCUCCACAGACAGCUAUGGAGGAGAGAAGUUUUGGCUGUAAGACUUUGUUCAUGUCCUAGAUGAAGGUCAAGAUGGAGUCUGUUUUUUUUAAAUCUGGUAAGAUUCCUCCAUCAUUGUUACCUCCAAGGAACGUGUUAAUAUUCCAUAGUUCUGAAGAGGCAUAGUGGGCACCAUUAAAUAUUUACAUCUCUUUGCGAAGUCACGCUGAUGCCACCAGGAUAGCGAGCUCUAUAUCACACAUGCUCUAAUUCACCCCAAACACCCACUGUUUACUAAUCUUCAGCCCCCGUCUGUGCUGAUAAUGAGGAAGAGGAAAUGGAAACAGCAGGGAUUACAUGCUACUGAGAAGUCCCAGUUUCCAUGCCUGGUUGUAAUUCUUUCAACAAACUCUUGCUGACUGUGCUCCUGCUUUGAAGUUUGAACACCUCUGUGUUACUGCUGAGCUUUUGUGAUUUGGCAAGCAGAUUUGGGAUUUUUUGUAGUUGUUUUAGUAGCUCCGUAUGACUAUGUACUCUUGUGCUCGCAGGUGUUAUGCCCGCUCGAGGUCAGGAGCAGUACAGAUUGUAUUGGCCAGUCACUGGGACGUUAAUAGCUUGUAUUUGCUGGUGACAGGUACCAGAUGGAAAACAUUCUUCACAGUUAUCUACUGUUGUGUGUGUGUACAGAUAUGGCCACAUCAGUGAGAGAGGUGAGAUUCCGUAUAACAAAUAGCACCCAUUUUUGUAAGGCCAGUAAUGUGUAUGAGUUUGAACUGUGGUGUUUAGCAUGCUCCAUUAGUUUGUAUCACCUGGACAAGAAUCAUCAAAUGUGCUGAGAUGUAGCUAUGCAUAUUUCUAAUCUAAACCCAAAACUUCAGAGCCCAUGGUUGCUUUCUAAACCCCAUAGCUGGCACCGGACAGUAAAUUACCUAUGUAAAAGGCCCUACAGCCACAACCAUUAACAUCCUGGUGUAGUUCAUCUGUCAGGCCACUGUGCAACUUACUAUUGCUGCUGGGGUGGUCCUCUUUUGGUAAAUCAAACACUGAUUCAGUCACAAGUGAUGGGGAGUCAAUUUAGAGCCUUGAAAGCAACUUUUGCCAUUUACAAUGUUACAGGCACAUUUUCAUUAGUCACCCAGGUGUGUGAAAGGAAGAGGUUCAGGUGGGCUUUCCUCUCAGAAGAUUAAGUGGUUUUGUCUUGUGUGUACAUGAAGUGUGAUCCCGCAUCAGUUACAAGCAAUUGGCUUACCACCUAAUAUAGCUACCAAAAAUCCCAGAGGAGCUACAGUGCUCCAAAAGGUGCCAGUCAACAGAUUGCUCAUCUAUGACAAGGACAGGGAAGUAAAUGGCCGAUGAAUAGAGGACUUUAGAUGCCUCCCUUCCUGUUGCAGUGUUCAGCAGUCAGAGCUGACAGAUCCUUUGGAGUCCCUGGUGGUCCAGGCACUGAGAAGCUUACCAGAACAGGCCUUGUGGGGGCUGUGUGGGCUUGGCAAGUUGCCCAGGUGUCACACAUCUGCUGUGUGCAGCCCCUGUGGAGACCAUGGAGCCAUGCUGAAGAGCUCUGGCUGAGGUGAUCUUGGAGGACUCUUUGGGCAUGGCUUAAAAAGGAGGUGGCUAGGAGUUGCUCACUGAGAAAGUGCAUUCCCUGCAUCUCGAACAAUGUGGAGGGGGUAUCCAGGGCUAUAUUUCCCCCAUCAGAGGCUCCAAGCACUGCUCUGGCAUGGUGCAGUAUAUGUCAUGAUCCUCAUGCAGCGUUAACAAGUUAAAAGUGAUUUUGUAAACAUAGCCCCUUGAAUAAAGGAGCAAUAAACUCUCUUGUCAGUGACAACUGUUAGCCCAGAAGCUGCUGGGCGAGCAGCUGAAGGCAAGUACAAUGAAGCAGUGUGUUGUGAACAAACACAGCAACUUCCUGAACUCUUCAACUUCCCCUCUGUGCCUCUGAAGCCUAGGGUCUGGCAUAUAAUAGCUCUGAGUGCUCAGUGCCAGAAAGUGCUUAAGCUGCAUGCAUCUCACAGUGCUCUCAAGUGUCUUGCAGUGUAAAUAAUACCCUCAUCUCUCUUUGGCCAGUUGGCCCAAAGUUGUAAAGUUGGGGCAGAGCAGGUGCAUCUGUAGACACAUCUGUACAUGCACUCGGGCUGUAACCACGGGAGCUCAGAGGUGCAUGCACAAGUAGGCAAAGUGUCACAUGGGAGCACCUAUCUCGUGGAGUAGUCCUUCUUUCACUCGUGUAUUUCCUUUCGUGAGAGUUUCCCCUGCAUAUCUGCAUUUAAAAUACAUGUCAUUUAUUAGGCAGAUGUGAUUUGUGCAAUAUGUAGCUGCAGUAGGUCCUUAAACUUGAGAUGCUUGUACUGGAAAACCUUGUUAUGCUAGACAGAUAUUCUCCUUUCUGGAGUUUGCCCCUCCACGUUCAUUUAUAUCUUCUAUGGUAUCUGCCAGCUUGUAGGGAAGUUGGGAUUGUCGAUGGUUGUUGUAGCACAAGUGCAGAUCUUGGCAGCCUGUGAAGUCCCACUGCGUGUUGCUGUCUCUUUGCUGCAGCUUGCUCCUCCCACCUCUCUGUGGGGAGGAGGAUUCCUGCAAGCUGUUCCCUCUCAUUUUCCAUCAGAACUAGUCACGUUAACCACACAUAAAAGGAAUUGGAGCUCACUUGACUUGUUUGGCUGAAGCAAGAAGCCUAUGGAGAGUGGGCCAGGAGGUGAACACUGGUUGAUGGUCACCGGAGGCUGCUCACAACAACCAGGUCUUCAUCUGAUGCAGUUGAAUUUAGAAGAUGACAUUUUUCAGUGGGAAUCUCAUCACGUACCUAGAAAUUGCGUAAAAUGCACCAAACAGCAUGCACAGAAGUAUCCUGUGUUGGUUUGCUCUGGGCUUCUGUGGGUUUGUGUUGUAGCCUGGUGGGGUUGCAGCCAGUUUUGUGCCAGCAGUUGUUCCCUGCUGACUGGCAGUGAUGAUUCCAGGGAUUAAAAAAGAAAAAUCAAAGAGUCUUAAUUUCUGAAGGCUACACAGUUCCUUGAUCUGCUUCAUCUGCUAAAAUACCAGCUAUUGACUAACUCUGUAAAUGUACUCAUCUGAUCCAUGAGUUUACCACCCAUCUUUUCAUGACCUAUGUUCAGAUCCAUUUGUCUCCUCCUUAGAUGACAAUAUGUAGAUACAUACUGCUGAGAAGAGAAUCUUUGCUUUUCUGAAGUCAUAAACCCUUUCCCAUAGGACUGAAACUCCUAUGAAAAUUGUUUGCGGGUUGUAAUGAAAAAUAUUUCUAAAAAUUUAUACUGACUGCAACUAUUCAAAGUAGAUACAUCAAUACUUUACCCACUUGACAGCCUGGUAAAUGAAUGCCUUGGACUAAAAUUUCCCAUGCAUUCAGCAUAAUUACAUUCUCCAUUGUUGCGUGUUUUUUCCUCUUUAAAAAGAGAGAGGUGGGAGUUGAACGUACUGUAAUAGAAUCACAUUUAGGAUUUGGUGUUAAUACACAGAACUAGUACAAAAAGGGCCAUUGAGUCGUGUAGUGACUCAGAAGGAAACGGAGGAGGGCUCUUUCUGCAUAUGUAGAAAUGUCAAUGGUUCGGCACUGACAUGUCAUGGGAGCAGAAGUCUUUUAAGCAUGCUGUAGGAGACGGCUUCUUCAUUGGGUUUUAAAAAGUAAAUGAAGCAAGUCUAGCAAGGUGCGGUGAGGAAGCGUAGGGUCAUGUGCUGCUCUACAGGAAACGAGAUCGAAGCGACUGGGGAAGUUCAGAGCUCUGUGACCUCCACCAAAUUCAAAUGGCACAGGAAUGUACAGCUUUGGAAAUGUUCCUGUGAUCUAAUCAGCUUCAGAAGGUGCAUUCUGGAGUGAGUUUGUCAGGCCUCGUGUUCUGCCCAAGCAUCUCUCCAGCUUCUGAGGAGAUUUCUUAGCAAGAUCAGCUGGAGCUCAGCCUUCCACCAUGCCUGUGCCUCCCCCUCCUGCACCCCCGCCGCCCCCAACACUGGCCUUGGCAAAUACUGAAAAACCAACUCUAAGCAGGUCAGAACAGGCAGGGCGAAAUGCUCUAUUAUCUGAUAUCACCAAAGGAAAAAAGCUAAAGAAGACUGUUACUAAUGACAGAAGUGCUCCAAUUCUAGACAAACCCAAAGGAAGCAGUGGAGGUGGCGGUGGCUUUGGAGGAGGUGGCGGUGGCAGCGGUGCGGGUUUUGGCGCUGGCAGCGGUGGCGGUGGCUUCAGUGGUGGUGGACCACCUGGCCUUGGAGGCCUUUUUCAAGCAGGAAUGCCAAAGCUCAGAUCUGCUGCGAGUCGAGAUGCUGAUGCUGGGGCAGCCCGCCCACCCGCACUGCCGCCUGGAGCCCGUUCUGCAGCUGCCAAGCCAUUCUCAGCACCCAGCGGCCCGUCUCGCUUCCCAGGGCCACCACUGGGGCAGCGGAGCCCAGCUGCUGACCCACAAAGGAGCCGCCUGCCGCCACCUAGGCCCGAUGUGGGUUCUAAGCCUGAUGCCACACCGCCACCGGUGCCCAGCACACCCCGGCCCAUUGCCUCCAAUCUGCACAGCCGGGGUUCAACGCCAGUGCCUGUCCUCAACCGCCAGCCCAGCCUGGGGCCGACACCACCGCCAUUCCCGGGCAGCCGGGGCUCAGGGUCUGCUGGCUCCCUGCGGCAGCCCAACCCAGGCCCAGCAGCCCCCUACUCGGGCAGACCACCACUGCCACCCACACCUGGCCGCUCACCAGUGGAUGAGAAGCCACCACCACCGCCCCCUCCCUCCGGGCACCGGCCACCUACCAGCCGAGACAUGGCUCUGCCACCACCACCGCCGCAGAACAACAAGCCGCCUGUGCCCGCUUCACCACGGCCACCCCUCGGUGUUCCUGCGCCCCCGCCACCCCCCAGCAGGCCGGGGCCACCUCCCGUGCCCCCCGGUCCCGCCAGCAGUGAUGAAAUGCCACGACUGCCCCAGAGAAACCUGUCCUUGGUGCCCCCUGCUGCGCCCAGCUCUGGCAGCGGCCGCUCCGGCCCUUUGCCACCACCGCCCAGCGAGAGGCCCCCUCCGCCCAUCAGGGAUCCCCCCAGCCGAGCAGGUCCCCUGCCACCACCACCUCCCAUCAGCAGGAAUGGAAGCACCUCAAGGGCUUUACCUGCUGCUCCCCAGCUACCUUCCCGGGCUGGGCUGGAGAACCAGAGAGGUGGGCCCCGGCCACCGCUUCCUCCAGACCGGCCGGGAACAAGUGCACCACCACCACCACCACCACCUUCAUCAGCACUCCGGAACGGCUUCCAGGACUCAGGUGAUGAUGAGUGGGAAAGCAGAUUUUCUUUUCAUCCUAUAUCUGAUUUGCCACCUCCAGAGCCAUAUGUACCUGUGAAUAGAAGUUAUCCCAGUAAACUAGCAAGAAAUGAAAACCGAGGAGGCUCUGGUCGAAAAGAAAGAGGUGUCCCCCCACUUCCCCCCAUACCAAGGUGAAGUGGGUUCUGGCCCUUUUUUGGGCGACAUCUGUUUUUACAAGGUUUCCUUCAAGUCAGCUCUCCUGUCCACAUUGUUGGAAAGUUGUCUGUUUUGCUCUGUUUCCACUUUUGGCUUGUCAGCUGGAAUAAACUUCAGUCUAUUACAGAAGUAAUAGACAAAGCUUAUGAACUAUAGUUGCUCAAAGCUAUAAAUUUUGUUUGCUUGUACUGCAGGCUGUCCUGAAAGGCAUUUUAUGGACCACGCCCGACAUACAUGCAUCAUGCUUACCGGGUCCAGCCCUGUCCUCUUGAGAGUUCCACAGAGGUCUGGCUUUGAAUUUAACGAGAGCUGGAACAAAGCUGUUUCAUUCAUGUGGGGUACAGUGGCUGUAUUAUUUGAUCUAUCAAAUACAAUCUGUUUGCUGUUUAUAAACCAACUGCCAGGGAAUACUGUAUAGCUGAGAAUUCUCUGGAGCCUUCUUUGCUUGCCUGACCUGGUCCAUCUGCUUCUGCGAGCCAUACUCCUACUACAUGGGAACCGAAAGCUUGUCUUAAAUCUUUUCACCUCAGCUUAGUCAAGUAAUUUUGUUUUAUACGAUAGAUAGCACAUCCUGUCCUGAGGAUGGAGUGUUUCUGGCCUUAUUUUUAUCUGCAGAGAAUCUUCCAAAAAAGAGCACAAGUGAAGAAUUCGGCAGCAUAAAAAUAUCUUUUUUUACAACUUUUUUCCUUGUUUUGUAAUAACAUUACAGUUUUAAUCACUUCGUGCUUUUCUACUUUGAUGUGGACCAUCUUACAGUCAUCCAUGUUCUGGAUUAUUGCAACACACUCUUCCUGAGAUCACCUGCAAAGAAUUCUUCGAAAGUAGUCUUAGUGGAAAUGCAGCAGUUAUUGUAAUUUUUCUUUCUGUAAAACGUUUCUAACACCAGUGCUCCACAAACUGCUUUCCAUUUUUGUUUCUUUGGUACAAUUAAAUGAUGGGUUUUUAAUUUAAAAAAUUUCCUGAGGCUCAGGUGACAGUCUCAGAGAGAUUGUAGAUGACUCAUGUAACAGCAGAGCAGCUAAGGUCAAAAAUGUGCAUAGGUGGAAGCUCUUUGAUGUCGUGAAGGAGGUCUGGGUUAGUGUGUUCAAGUGGGAGCACGAGCUCCAAAAUUUGCUAUCUGCACUGGUUCAAGAGGAUGGGAAGAUUUGGCCUUCUGAGUUUACCAUGAAGCCUGUUCUUUCAACCUCCAUUGAAGGGAGCCUCAGCAGAGAGCCGCGAGACUUACGCUAAUAGAAGAAAGAGAAAAGUAUUCUGACGUUGUGACAAUCGGUUUGUAUGUUUAAUGGCUUUUGAAUUUUGUGUUUGAGAAAAGAGUUCAUUGAAUGAGUGUGUUUUGUAAAAGAAUCCAAAUGCAUGUAAAAUGCCUUUGAAAAUUCGAGGAAGGUUUUAAUUCUGAAUUUUUGAAUAUUGCCAAAUAAUAGUUAAUUGGACUUCUGAAGUUUAACCCAGAAAAAUUUCUCCUCUGUCUCCUCAACAGCAUUUCUACAGCAUGCUUCUUGGGACCCCUACAAAGCCUAUACCAGCAGCCAUGUUUCACUGGGUAAAAAAAAAAUAAAAUAGGUCAUGUUAGUUAAGAAAGUGUUUCUCUAGUGUGAGAUAUGUGAACCUAAGCUGAGGCUAGAAUGAAGUUAGCCCUAGAAAAUCCAGGGAGUGUAUCUGAAGAGAGCUUAAACCCCACUGCAAUGUUUGCGUGUGGGGCUUUUUGCCUGUCAGUGGGCUUGGAGGGGCAGACUGCCUCUGUCCUACCGCUGGGUCAGUCACCAUGAGGAGCACAAGGCAAUGUAACUUCUUGGCCUUUUUGGUAUUUGUUUACAGAAUCUUGUUAGCUGUGAUAGCAUUUGAUUAUAUACAGGUUUUUACAUUUUUGUAUCUAAUGACAUAUUUUCAGUUACUAUCUACGGUCUUGAACCUGCAAUUGAGUGCGCAGGCGCAGGGAUGUAUCUACAUCAAGUUGCAGGGUCGUGGCUGUAAGAGUUUCUUAAAGAAAUAUUAAUGGGACCUCCAUGUGACAGGUGCACCUUGAGAUCAAGCCUAGCUCAGUACUGAAUUUCUAUGUAUUUUAUGGAUGUCACUUAAACGUGUCCACUAUGCACAGUGCCUGUCUCUUUGGCUUAUUGUUAUGUGAAUAGAAGUCCAAAUAAGAUUUUUAGGAUAAUAACUUAAAGGAUAAAUUAUUGUAUUCAUGUUAUUAAACUGAAGCACUUACAACUUUGAGUAGCAACAUUCUGAAUUUAAGAAUACAAUAUUUUUGAUACAUUGACCUGCCAAAUCUUUAAUAUCCAAACAGCUAUGCAGCCAAAAAAACUAGAAAAAAUAAAAUCCAAGAGCUGUACUGUGUCUUGUAACUUACCUGCUUCCAGUAUGACUGUUUUACUUCAAGUAAAAUGCUGCAGAUUGUUCUGCCACCCCUCUGCAUCAUUCAGAAUAUCCCGUAUUUGAUCUUUUUGGUAAGGUUCGCUGACCAGAAAGUCUGGACCUUAACCAGUGACUUGGCAAGUCAGCUUCAGUCUCACUUAAAAUGGCUGCAUAGAAGGCCCUCAGUCAACAAGCUGAGAAACCCAAGCUGCCUGUUGGUCUCAGCACUUCCUUGUACUGUAGAAACCUCCUCAGAACGGCUGUUUGGCAUAUAUGUAAAGUACCUUAAAAAUGCAGAAAGAGGUAUUUUUUCACUAGCAACAACUUGACUAUUUAUAUCUUUUACGAUAAAAUUCCCUAGUAUAAUCCAGAACAAUGCAGCAUUUUAUCUUCCAUAUAUCGCUUCACGUAUCAGUAGCUUUUUACAGUAUGAGCAGUAUUAAGGUAUUUAUUUCACUAUGAAGUCUUAAAAAGAAAAAGGAUACAGAACAGGUUGAUACAGUGGUGCCUUAUGACUUUUUUAGUCAACUUUUCUGUUUCACAAGACAAAUGAAGUCGUUGUUCUUGCACGUCCCAACAUAAAUAGUGCUGAUAGCAGCAUUGCACAGUGCUGCGCCGAGUCCUGCUGCUGUUGUGUGCUCAGUCUGCUAACUUGAGUGAGCUGAAUGUGAGGAGAGGUGUGGGUCAGCUUCCAGGUGAGACAUGGUGGCACUGGUGCCAUUGCUGGCAUUGCUCUGGAAACCUCCCCUUCUCCAGACAGCCCAGCUGCCUUCAGCAUGUUUGCACAGUGUUAAAGGACUAAGCUGGGUUCACUGCUUGCAUCUGACAGUUACUGAUUUUGUUUUAAUGCCAUUGUCUUAGUAACAUUCACACCUCAAAGCUUUUUUAUGUCGGCACCAAGAUUUGCAUUGCAUGACAAUGGCCAUGAAUGUUCACCUUUGUUUAAUUUGACAAAGUAAAUAAAAUGAGAAUAACUUUUGUAGUAAUUUCUGCUCAGUAUUUCUGUAAGGAAACACAAGCUGUCUGCUCUGACUUUGUGCAGCAGCUGCAGGGAGAAAAGCUCCCAGUGAUUUGUGUUCAGAGUUGUUGAAGGAAGCUCAGCUUGUGGUGCAGGAAGCAUGUAUUUCUGUAAAUGAACCACUUCUUGAAUAAGGUUGCAAGGUUCUCAUUGAGAAGCCACCAUUUCCCAGAACCAAGAGAGUCAUAAAAAAUGUUCUUUUCUGCAAGACUGAGCUAUUAGAGAAGUUGCUUCGGUUGCCAUUUUAAAGGGAUGGGAGCAGUUUGUCCUUGCAGCGCUGACUGCUUACAUGUCAUUUGUAUAAGUAAGUCUCUGCUGGAGAACAGAGCUGCUGUUGUGGUUCACAUAGUUUGCAAGACAACUUCUUCUGUGCUGAAAUAUGAAAGUAGGAAGGGUGCAUUUACUGUUGGAUGCAAAAAGUGGAGCUGGAUGAUCAAAGUGGGGUUGUUUCAAGCAGAAUGUUGGCUGCCAGGAGAGGGGAGCUGGGGAGGAGAAGUGCACCCAUGGAGGAUAAGCCAGUUGGCUGGAUACGGGCACUCAUAUGAAAGCACAGAGCCAGGUGUAAGCUGUGUGAGUGUGAGGUUGUGAACGCUGUCUGUCAGUGCACUCUGCCUGUCACUGUGGUACUUUGAAUCUGUACAGUACGUCUUGGAUGAACUUCAACCUUUCAGAUUGUACUCACCAGAAAAAAAGGGAGAAUCUCUUACUGGAGGUGCUCAGUAACACACACACAGUGGCUCGUGGAAAGCUCUGUACGUCCCUAAGGGAACGCAGGGUUGCUCAGCCUGCCUGGUGGCACUGCUACCAGUUAUGAACAGGGUGCUGGCAGUGCGGGGAGUGCUGAGGGAAACCGGGAGGGCUGCAUGUCCUGGGCAAGGGAGAGGCAUGUUGGCAUGCUGAUGUUUUUGUAAUUUGCGAUACAGGUUCUUUAGCAUAAACUCGUACGUGAUAAGGCACUCUAAGUUUGGACUCAAAGUCACACAAAACUUUAAAAGAGAAACAUAACUUCCAAUGCAGGCUGAGCAGAAAGUAACAUGUUUUUUUCAGGCACUUACAGUUGGAAUUUAUAUAAAAUAUUAAUCGAGUUCUGUGAAAUUUUCCUGCUUAACAUUUAUCUUGUAUGUGAUUUUUUUUUUCUCCUUGUUUUUCUAUCCUAUGCGAAAUAAAUUUUACUUUUAUUUACUCGCUGGUGCGGCCUGUUGCAUUGAGAACGUGAUGUGAGCCUGGAUGGCUGUGCGGCAGCAGCGCAGCUCCUCACCUGCCUGCACCUCUCCUUGGAGCUUUGGGCUUCCACGUGGGAAAGGUUGGGUGUUUGCAAGGAAAGUUUAGUUUGGCAUAAAGAAUAUUAGAUAAGAAGUGUGGCCAGUGAUGCUGUGCUUGUACGUAGACCUUGCUUUAGUCAUCCUUUGGUGAGCAAAAUCUCUGGUGGUGGUUCUUAGCUUUGUGAGCCUAAUGCUUGCCAUGAGGAGAUUAUAUGGAAAAUGUAGCACUUGGUGUUAACCACAGUUCUGCUAUCUCCACUCUCUUGCCAAGAGGCUUCCAGAGUAUAUCACAUACUUACAAACAGAUGAAACCUUUCUUUUGAUUUUAGAGCCCUGUUCUUGGUUUUGGAGUUAAUCUUUUCAGGAGAUUCGAAUGAGGUUCAACCCAGGAAGACUCUUUGGUAGAAGUCCAAAGAAGGCUCCAAUUCAAGCCACGGUUCUGGUGUCUCCUUCAAAAUUAGAAAGAUCAUUUAAAACCCUGAUCUAAAAAGCUCCAUGUAGAAACUCAUUGACCUCAUCAGGCAUAGCUGUAGGUUCGUUCUUAUGCAGCUGUGGAUCCUUUGGCAGCCAUGAGGACUACUUGUUGGUGAUCCAAUUUACAGACUGGCUGGGACAGAGGUUUCUGUGUUUUCCAGAGGCCACAGACAGCCAUGGCUCAUCUGUAUUCAAAGGCCCACUGGUGCCUUUGUAUGGGUAGCAGGUAUGUGGGUAGCAGGAUAAUGAAGGGGGUGAAGGCUGUGGGCACAAGGGCUGCGGAGGAGCUGGUUCUGCAGGCUGAGCUUGGCUGCAGCAGUCCUGAACCAGGACCCAGAGGUAUGAACCCAAGGGUCAGCUAGCAGGACCAACUCUUCUGGUUUCAGUCAAAGGAAACAUGCCUCUUUCUGGGUUUUGCUUGACUUUGGGAAGAAGGAACUGAACUGAGCCAUAACCGCAAAUUUAACUCAAAAAAGAAUACUGUUGUUUUUAAAAGAAAACAAAAACAAACAAAACAAAAACCAGUAUACUUUGUAAUGCUUGUAAAUGCUCUCCAGUUGCAGGAAGGAUCCAGCACUGGCUCAGCAGCUCCCAUAGCUAUCCUGCCCUGUUACAGGCUGGCUGCAUUGUGCAUUGCUAUUAGCAAAUUGGUCCUGGCCAACCCAUUAUCAGUUUAGGUGCUAAAUGUUGUUCUAUACAUGCCUACGCAACAAUUAUGUAUUUUUUAGGUUAGCUAAUGAAACAGAACCCUUCAGGAUUGGAUUUUCUCUGUCUGAUAGCCAUUAUAACAAGUGAUUCCUAACAGCUGCUUCAGCUAUGGUACAGUUCUCUGAAAAACAACCAAAUGUGAUGUGAGCUUCAUACCAAGAUGUUUCAUUUUCAGUUGCACUCUUAGAGUGCCUAUAAAUGUUAUUUCAUACAUAAUGAAACUGCGUUUUACACUUUUAAGUGAGCUUAUCCUUCAGCUUGUCAGGACACUGUAACCCUCCGGAGAAGUUCUGCUUGCUCUGCCAAGCUGAGAGGGGCUGGUGCAUACACACUCUUGCCAGCUUUAAAGCCAAAGAAGUUAUUUUGUUAUAAACCAAGCUGUUUCUCCCCAUGGGCGUUAUAUGCUGUCUGCAAACAGCUGUGCCUGUGCUCCACUCCCUCUUGCAGAGAUGUCACAAGAAACAUUUUGUGGAGCAGAUAGGGGCCUCGGAAACCUUUUCUGUAACUUGUUGCUUAUUAUGCCUUUGUGGUAUCUGUGCAGCUCAUUCUGUGAGCUUCUCAACACAUACAUAAAGAUCUUAAACUUUGAUGAAGCAUAAAAGCAAUAGAAUAGCACUUUGUCUCCAGACUCCAGUAGAUUUUGCAGUGAUACAAAUAAUUUCUGUUACUGAUGUGGAUCAGUGAAAGCCUUUCAGCACAGAGAUUGUACCCACCAACUCAUGUACAGAUAUAAAAGACACCUUGGGGCAGUGUGUGCUGUAGGAGGAUGGAGAAGUUUGUUGGUGCUUAACUCUGUGAGGUGCUCCUUGUCUUUCUGUAACCACUGAAAGAAAUCAGUAACACUGCACUUUAUCUCAGGAGGUGUUUAUUGGUAUUCCCCUCCCAUCAUCUGCCUGGUGUUCAGGGAGCCCUCUAGCACAACCUUCCUUGGUCCAGUCAGCAGCAGCCCGGCUGUGUUGGUGCACUCUCCCUCUCCAGCAGCCCUAUGCUGUGCAACCCUUUCAUGACUUCCCCCAAUGGAGGCCAAACGUUUCUCGUCUGCCUUACAGCCCCACAGGCCAUGAGGCAGCAGCUUGACUGGAUAGGAAAUGUGACAGCUGUGUGAAUCCUUCAGCUCUGACAGAGCAUGAGUUCCUUCCUAUUGGAUGGAGAAAUCGAUCUGAAUUUUUCAAAUUUAAAAAAAAAAAAAAAAAAAAAA